AGUUAACCAGAAGCUUUUAUAGGCAAGAAGGAAUUUAUAAGACAUUUCCUGUUUAUAUUGCCAAUCAUGAAUAUACAACUAGGUCUGCCCUGACUGUAGAUAUUGGGAGUUCUCCAGGUCUAACCCUGGAAACGCACUUGGCAAUAAUCCACCCAGAUGAAGCCAUUAACUUAUGCCUCUUAUUGCCAUUCACUUUGGGUAGCUGCCUUCACUGAACUAUCUGCCCACAGAUAAGAUGAUCAGAUUGGAACUAAACAGUACAAAACCCCCACUCAGACAUCAGUAGCACUGCCAGCCCUGACCAUAGAUAAAUUAAAGUAUUAAAAGCAAUAAAUGGAAUGAAUUGCCUCAGUGCUUUCACUCCUCUCCGGACCCAUCGGACCAGCCUGAAGGCGAUGCCGAGGUGAGAAAACAACCCACAUGCAUUCCUAGCCUGUCCAAUAAUGCAUGAUCCCUGCCCACUCUUUCAAAAUUGUUGUCUUCAUCAUCACUCGGUCCAAACACAGGGAAGAUAUAUAUCCUGUCCCCAGGUGAGGGUGCUUUUCCUGGGCUGCGGAGACGACUGAGAGAAGAUGAAGGCCUCCCUCCUUGCCGUGCUGGUUUUGAUCCUAUGUGCAGACCAAGCAAAUUCCCUAUAUUGCUACACCUGUGACUGGGAACAAAGCAACUGGAGCUGUCUAAAGGCCAAGAAGUGCUCGGACAAGGAUGAGUACUGUGUGACCAAUGUUGCCUCUGUAGGAAUUGGCUUUUUGUCUUUGUGGAAGAGGAUCACCAAGAAGUGCUCCGAGACCUGCCCACAUCACAACUUCAGCCUGGGCCUGGCUUCCUACACCUCAUAUUGCUGCCAAACCUUCUUGUGCAACUUGAGUGCAUGCCCAGGACCCAGACUAGCUCGGCAGUGAGAUGGCACGGAGUCCCAUGCCAGUGUCCUUCUUCACCUGCUCAGUGGUGGUGGGAGAAAGGGGCUCCUGAAGGCCUGAAGAGCAUGGUCAGAUUCCCCCAGGAGGGUAUGAACAUCAAACAUGCUGCAGAAUAGAUAAAGUAUUAUGGUCAUCACCUCCUGCUCUGUGUUACCUCCCAACCUGUUGCUUCUUAUGUGCCUCUCAUCUCUGAGCUCUGUCACCCUGGCAGCUUGAUGGAGAAGUGGCCGUGUUAUAUUCUGCAGCCUGGGGGAGGGAGAUGCUGCUUCUGCAUGUCCUGCAAGUCUCUAGAGGGGUUUCUUCUGCAACCUUACCUUACCUCGGGUGCAGCUGGGAGCCAUGCAGUGGCAACUUUCAGACUCAGGGAGCGGGGUGGGGAAAAAUAACAACCCUCUGCACCAACUCAGAAGGGAAACUGUGCAAACUCUCAGGGUUGCUGCUGGGGAAGGGGAAAAGGCAGUCCUGUGUAUGAAAGCCGGAGCCUGUGAUGGGUGCUAACUGCAACUCUUCUUCCUUGCACCCCUCACCCACUCCUUCAAGCCUCUCACUCCCAGCUCCCAGCUGGGGACAAUGACAUCACCCUGUGUCCCACCAACAGUCAGAUACACCAGACACAUACCUCUUCCUGUUGGCUCUGCCUGCAGUGCCACCUUUCUAUCAAAACAAUGCUUAUCUGUGCACAUCUGCACACAUCUUCUUAUCUGCAGUCAUUGUCCCCAUCUCUACUUCCAGCAGCUGUCCUUGGUCAUAUAAUCAUAGAAUUGCCUGGGUUGGAAGGGACCUUUCAGAUCAUCUGGUCCAACCAUCAACGUAAC